UGCCUAACUCCGAAGGUCUUCUUUUAAGUGACGAGCCCACUUUGCUUGGGCGGUCCAUCUGUGCCUCAUGUUUGUGGGGUUGGGCCUCAUACUUUUCUUCACGGGCUUGGGGACAGUCCUAGUUGGUUUGGGCUUGAACCAUAUUACAAAGUCGGCGUUUCCUAUGGGUUGGCCCAAAAAAGGCGCUCUUUGUGAUCGUCAUCUUUAGGACUUAAAAAGACCAAAAUGCGCUUUCAGUGGAUUUUGUUUUGCACACAACUACACAAACAACCAUUGAGAUAUUUUCAUGCAAUUUCAAGGGCACUAGCGUAAAAUAACCAUACUGCAUUGAGAAAGUCACCACAUUUCUUUGGUUGCUCCUACUAGUAGUUCACGUAAAGUUGUUGACCGUUUCAACCAAUCUUCAACUUCACGGCCACUAAUGGAAAACGGUAACCACCACACAGCCACCGGCCCUCGCUCCGACGACCGUAUCAAGCUCAACGUCGGAGGCAAGCUCUUCGAAACUACCUUAUCGACAAUCCAGGCAGGCGGUCCCGACUCUCUCUUAGCCGCCCUCUCGAGCCGGACAUCCGACGACCCGGACCCGGUUUUCAUAGACCGGGACCCGGAGAUCUUCUCAGUCAUACUCUCUCUCCUCCGCUCCGACGGUCUCCCUUCCACGGCUCGCCGAUUCGCCAAGCAAGAACUCGCCGAUGAAGCUCUCUACUACGGCAUCGAGUCGCAGCUCAAGUCGGCGAUGUUGCCGCCUCCGUUGUCAGGAAUCGACGCCUCGAUCGUCACAACUGUACAGCCCGCCUCCGACGGCCUCCCCUCGGCGAUCACAGCCGGUACCGACGGCUCCGUUUGGAUCGCACACGGCGGUCAAAUAUCCAGCUACGAUUGGAAUCUGUGCCACGCCGGAACGAUCCGUACUCAUUUGGAGGACAUAAACUCGAUUUGCCGAGUGUAUCCUGAAAUCGCCGCCGUAGGAUCCGAAUCCGACCCGGGACUCCACUUCUACGACUUCUCCGGCGUGCGAAACAUGGGGUCGAUCCACUGGACCGACCCGGCCGACCCGAGAAUCUUCAAGGCCCGAGUUACCUCCAUCUCGAACUCGCCGAGCUCAGUCUUCGCCGCUUUCGAUUGCCCGCACAGAGAGAACUGCAUCUUAGUGAUCGACAAAUCAACGCUCAAGAUCGUCGGUGAGCUGAGCAGGCAAUCCGGAAGCUCGGCGAAGAACUUGGCCGUCGGAAAGCUGACGUGGCUGCCUGAAACGGGCUUGAUUGUUGGGAGCUCCGUCACUUGCGGUGCGUUCGGGUACUCGGGUUAUAUCCGAAUGUGGGACCCGAGGUCCAAGGAGGUGGUUUGGGAGACGAACGAGCCGGGGUCGGGGCGGAGCAGUAGGUUCGGGGACUCCUUUGCCGACGUCGACGUGGACAUUGAGGAGUCGACUCUGUUCAAGGUGUGUUCAAAGUCUGGAGAUUUGGCAAUAGCAGACCUGCGUAAUUUAGGGGAUGAUCCGUGGGUUUAUUUACAAGAUAAGGACCCAAGCAUGAGGAACAUUAAGGGGGGUGGCAAUAGCAGUAGUGUAAUUCACUGUUACAAAAACCAAGCCUUUGUGGGCAGAGAUGGUGCCUUGGAGGUUUGGUCUAGACUGCCGAGAGCCGAAAAUAGGGUGGAUAGAGAAAGUGAGGUUUGCGAGGGAUUGUAUAGGAGGAAUUUUGUGGAUAAAGAGGAGGAUGCUCAGAGAGGGAUUAUAAAGAAAAUCGAAGGCGGUGGGAAUAGACUGUUUGUUGUUAGAGAAGAUGUUGAAGGUAUUGAGGUGUGGGAGAGCUCUCGUUCUUCUGGUGCAGUUUCAGUUUUGUGAAGCAGAAGUAGGCUCUGUAACAUCAAUGUGUUACUGUACCAUAUGUUGAGUUUGUGACACAUUGUCUGAUAUUUCCUAUUGGUUCUUCCUCUUAUGGAUGAAAUAUUUAGAUAUCUCAUUUACCUUCAGUUAUGGCUCAACUCUAACUGAUCCAAGUCGAACCUUUUCCUUUAAUUUCAUGCCCAAGGAAGAAAUACCUUGAAAGCAAGUUAGUUUUGAGGGACUGUUUACUAUGAGCAGUCUGCUUUUUUAUGAAGCUGUAGCUCUUCAAAUAAAAUUGGAGGCUUUCAAUUAGCUCAUACUCGGAUGGCUUGAAUUUUGUUGUGUCAGCACUUUGAUGAGAACUCGUUGUCAAUGAGUAGCAGUAGUGGAUUUGUUUUCCAUAGGCAUUCUGUGGUUGUGGCAGUUAUUCAUGGGCUUUCUGACUUGCAUGAUAUGCUGUCUGGACGAUGAAAACAAACUUUCCUAGUGCCACAGUCAUCAAUUUUGAAAGAAUUUGCCUUGGUGGCUUCUCACAACAGAGGACCAAAAACUUUGGCUUGCAGGUAAGGGCUUUUUGUCAAUGGAAAUACUACCAGUACUUUGUAAGGCUACAAGCACCUGUAGUUUAUAUUAGUUAAGAGUGCAAGGGUGAGAAACAGAAAAUCUUAUUGUACGUGACAUCACGUCCUCUGUUGUGCGAUUUUCAUGUGAUGAUCUAAUGCGUCAAUGAGAUUUUGGGA